AUGAAGAGGAUUGCAGUUCUCUCUAGUGGCCGUGAUGUUAGCGGAGCCAAUGCAGCUAUCAGAUCCAUCGUCCGUAUGGGUGGAAAGUAUGGCAUGCAUGUUUUCGGCAUUACUGGUGGCUUCCGUGGCUUAUACGAAGAUUAUAUUGCAGCACUUACAAGCAGAGAUGUUUCAGGCAAAAUCGGUAAGGCUUCAUCAUUUAUCGGAACCUCCCACGCCUUCGAAUAUCUCGAAGACAGCAAGAUUCAAAGAUGCCUCGCAAAUCUUAACAAGAGAAGUAUCGAAGGUUUAAUUGUCGUCGGUGGUGGCGGCUCCUUCGCUCACUCUCGCGUACUCGCUGAUAAGGGUGUUCCAAUCAUUGGCAUUCCAGCAUCAAUCCAAGAUGAUGUCGUUGGCACAGAUAUCUGCCUCGGUGUUGAUACAGCAGUUAACAACAUCAUGGAUUGCAUCGAUCAUAUUCGCAGCUGCGACUCAUCAAGAAAUCGUUCAUUCCUUGUUCAAGUUGAGGGCCGUCACUCCGGCAACCUCGCUGCCAGAUCAGCUCUUGUCACAGGUGCUGAAAUCUGCCUUAUCCCAGAACACAACGGACGCCCACUCGAGGAAAUUUAUCAGAAGGUUCAAAAGUCUCUCGAUACAGGCAAGACACAAUGCAUUACAAUCGUUUCAUCAGGCUGGAAGCCAGGCAUGAAGGCCCUUGCUAACUACAUCGAAGAUAAGGAUAAGGAGAACGAUCUUAUCAUCCGUCAGACAAUUCUUGGUUACAUCCAGCGUGGUGGCUCUCCAAGUGGCUUCGAUCGCCUUCUCGGUACUCGUAUGGGUGCUGCAGCUGUUGAAGCUCUUAAUGCUGGAAACAAGAACCACUUCAUCAGUCUUCAGAACUCCAAGCUUGAAGUCAUCCCAAUCGAGGACACAGUUGGCAAAUACCGCCCAGUUGACCCAGCUUUGUUCGAGAUGAUCAAGUCUACAUUCUAA